UUCAAGCUCCCGUUUAGUUAGUCCUAUAUUGAGAUGAAAGCGAGCUAACCAGCAUUCAUGCACACACCACAUCCGAAAGAACCGUGCCUUUUUAUCUGAAAAGCUUUUUUCAUAAGUCGGUCUUUCGAGGGGACAUCAUUUACACUCACAUUUUUAAUUACCGCAUUACUUUCUCAUGAGGUAAAGCGGAAUCAGGAUACUUGCAGGGCACGCUUAAAAUGUGUCGCGAGGACAGCUCGACGGGUGUGUUUUUCUAUCUUUUUUAGAGAGCAAGCACGGGAGGGGGCAGGCAGGCGCAGAGCAGCACAGCAGUGGCAGAGGAGGAGAAACAGUCGAAUCGACCAGGCAGUGCUGUAUGUGUGUGUGUGUGAGAGAGAGGGAGGGUGGGGGUGACGGACGGUCUCUCUCUGUAUCCGUGUUUGUGUGCCUGCCCAGCUCUUCACUGGGGCGAGUGCAUUAUUCAUGAGACGGAGUGACGUUGACGCAAUCCGGGCGGUCCUAUGCUAAUUGUCGCAGCAGCUCACUGAGCACGCCAGAGGGGGCAGCAUCUGACACAAACAGACAUUGAGUGUGUGUUGGGGGGGGGUCACAGUGUUCACCACACACACAGUGUCAUCUAAAAACGCUUGCAUACAGCUCAAGAAGCCGGGUGCCUGACUGUGAGUGUAUGUGUGUGUGUUCGGUGGGCCAGCGGACUCCGCAUCAGUUCCUUGACUGAAAACAAAACAGAGCACACACAUAGAAGACAGAAACAAAGACCCGUAAACACAGGAGGAUCAUGGGAGGAGACGCUUGAGAUGUCCAUGGAGAACGAGACUGUUGUGGUGGCGACGGCACCAGGGGACGGUUGUGGUGGCCGUGCCAGUGUUGGGGGGGUUCCUUCGCUCCCUCGCCCGUGUCACCUCCAUGCCUCCAAGAAAGACAUGAUUCACCCCCCUCCCAAGAUGAUGGACCCUGUGGCGAUGGCCCCCCUGCUGGCCAGUGUGGGCCUACCGGAGGCUGGUAGUGGUGGUGGUAUGGUUGGGGUGGGCGGGCUGACUGGCAAACCCCUGCAGCCCAAAAAUGGCCUCCCGACCACGGUCGGAGGCGUCAUUGGGGGUGGGGGUCCCCAGAAACUAGGCAACCUCAGCAGGGGCGGUGGUGGUGGUGGUGGUGGUGGAGGUCUGGGUGGAUUUGGGGCUCCGCAGAAACUAGGCAACAAGCGGCGCUACAGCAUGAACUUAAGUGCACUAAGGCCCCCUGCAGGCGGAGGAGGGAACGACGGUAACAGUGGCAGCAACGGUAACAACAAUGCCAGCGGUGGUGGCGUGCCCAUCAGCAAGCGUCGGCGGCGGGCCUCCGAGAGCCACAGCCACAACCCGGCGUCCGUCUUGCCCUCGCACUUCCACCUUGGCGGCAACAUCUUCGACCCACUGAACCUCAACAGCCUGCUAGACGAGGAGGUGAGCCAGGCGCUCAACGCCCGCACUCCGGAGAGCUCGCCGCUGCCCGCCAAGAACCGCGAGCCCCUGGAGAUCCUGGUGCCCAAGGACAUCACCGACCCGCUGAACCUGAACGGUCGAGGGGGCGGCGGUAGGGGCGGCAAUGGGGGACAGGACGGCGGAGUCUUGGUGUCGCCGCUCAAGAGGCGGAGGCACCGCAACCGCCACCACCAGGCAAUAGGGAUGGGCACGGGUGUCGGAGUAGGAGGUUCAGAGCACGGACAACAAGGGGAGGGGGAUAAGGGGAAGUCUACAACAGCUGGUGGUGGUGGUGGGGGAUUAGCAUCGGCAGUUGGUGAUGGAGUGGUGGUGCAGAGGAGGCCGAGCGCAGUUCCAGAGGAGGUCAGAAGGGGCGCUGUGGCGGUGGCGGCGCUGCUGUGCCUGAACAAGAUGCCGCAGGACUCGCCGCAGCCGUACGAGCUCAACACAUCCAUCAACUGCCGGGACGAGGUGGUACCGCCCAUACUACCCCGGCGACACUCCCAGUGCCAGUCCCAAUCGACAGGCAACUCCGGUUCUGGGCCACAAAGUGGAGCCGACGGAGGGCAGGCCCCAUCCUCCUCUCGUUCCAGGAAGCGCAGGCGCACCGUGAGUCGCUCGGACCGCUCGUCAAUCACCCCGACACCAUCCGCCUUUGGCCCCGGCAGUGACAGGGGAGGGAGUGUCGCCCGGAGUACGUUCCAAACGCCGAUUGUGGCCGGGGCUAAAGGCCUCCUGCUUGGUCGCGAUGCUAGGUCGUUGUCGUCGUCGCAGGCCUCCAAGAAGACGAGGAAAGCAACCAAGCGUAAAUACCAGUACGGCAACUACAGCCAUUACUACGGCUACCGGCGCCCUGGGCGGAUGAUGGAGGACCCGCGGCUGGCCGUGCUGAAGCCUGAGUGGUUUCGGCGGAAGAAGGUGCUGGACCUGGGCUGCAAUACGGGCCACAUCACCUUGGCUAUCGCCCGGUACUGGGACCCCGCCCACAUUUUGGGUGUCGACAUCGACGGAGGCCUGGUGCGCGCGGCGCGGCAAAAUCUGCGCCACUACCUGUCGGAGGUGCAACCAGCCACGGGGAGCUUGUACCACCAGGACCACCCCCAGCACCAUCGUACUGGUAGUAACUCAAACAAAAUGGCGGACAAAAAGCAGCCCAAACGGGAAGUAACGGAGGAAAGUGUCGCUGCACUGAAGAACGCGGAGGACAAGGAAAAGCGUGAGCGUUCGGUUGGGGAUAAAAACGAAAAUAAAGACGGGAAGGCCGCAGACGGAGGAGGGGUUUUCGCCGCCCUGAUGGACCUGCAGCUCGCCGCCACGGCGCCCUCUUUUGUUCGGAGGCCAUUCCUGCUGUCGUUUCGACUGUGCCGAGGACCAAUCACAGCACCUCUGGUUCCAGAGGCUUCACCGGCGCGGGGGUUCCCUCACAAUGUGUUUUUCAUGAAGGAGAACUACGUGCUGGAGCGGCAGGAGCAGGUGGCAGGCCAGCAGGAGCAGCAGCGGGAGGAGGAGGAGGAGGAGUACGACGUGAUCCUGUGCCUGGGCAUGACGCUGUGGGUGCAGCUCAACUGGGGCGACGCCGGGCUGCAGAGGCUCUUCCGCAGGGCACACCGACAGCUGCGCCAGGGGGGCAUCUUCAUCCUGGAGCCACAGCCAUGGAGCAGCUACGCCCGGCGCAAACGUAUCUCGGAGACCACGUACAGAAAUUACUGCAGUAUUCGCCUGAAGCCAGAUCAUUUCACCACCUACCUGACCUCUGAGGUGGGCUUCAGCAGCUACGAGCUCUUGGGGACGCCCUGCAGCACCAGCAGAGGCUUCCAGAGGCCCAUUUACCUAUUCCACAAAGGCCCCGCCUCCAGCAGGAAGUGACUCGCCAUGAAGACGGAGAGGGGAGACCUGCAGGGGAGUGAUGCGUACAGGAUGUGAAAGUGGACGAGUUUUGAAGAGGAGUAUGCCUGGCUUGCCCCUCCACCAUUCUUUUGGGUGGAAGUCAUUGUAGUUCCUGCUGCCUUUUCCCUCAUCUUCCAGCCUUGUGAUGCAACAUCUUCCAGCCCUGCGAGGCACUGUCACACACAAACAACGUUUUCAUUGAUAAUAGAGUUUAAUUCAAUAUCUCGCACAAGCACUUUUUUUUUCAUUUGCAAUCGGGAUGUUGAAUGGGGAAAUGUCCCCCAAAAGUUGUUGUGCCUGGGCUGACGGUGGGGAAACUUUAUUGUUUUCUCCGCGGAGGCAAGGCAAAGUGGUAUCAGCGAAGUGCGAGUCCACAAGGGCGACUCGAGAACGGGAGCUUGGAUAACGGAAUAUACCAAUAGAUUUCUUCAGGAAGGAGGUUCGACACUGAGGCACAAGGUGGGCGGCUGGAGGAAAGGGUGCACGGAACCAGAAUGGCCACAUUUGUAAUGCUGCAUGCUGUGCAAAUCUACACAACACACAUGCACACUUAGUCUAUUCACACACACACACAGACACACGAGUGUAACAUGGGAAUGUUUCACGCAGGCCUAGCAGCCAAUAAAGACAAGAAUAGCAUACGAUUGCUAAUCAAUUGGUUGCUGCAUCUGUAGCGACUACUUCAUUAGCCCUUUUUCCAUCAACAAGAUGGCUCGGUUUAAUGAUGCAAAUCAAGAAGUAAGUGUGACACACAUGUAGUAUAUGAGUAUAUGGUUUUGUCGGAGAAGUGAUGGAAACGGUUUGAUGCAAUAUAGAAUAGCCACACAGGUGCAGAAACUACGACUGGACCUGGCUCUAGAGUUCCAACGCUUGCUUAAACACCUGGUGUUUACAAGUUUAUUUAUUUAAAAAGGGACAGCAUAUAUUACCAGCAUUUAAACAAAAAUGCUAAAUACACAAGAUUAUAGCCAUGAGGCUAAUUUCCAUCUUUUGUUGCUGGUGAUGCGUCUUGUGCAGGAUAUUCUCUUUCCUAUGUUCUAAUCACAAACUGUAUAGUCUAUUCAGCUAAACAAUGUUGAUGGAAAAAUCAUCUGGUGAGUCAGAAAAAUGCACAUCAACAGGGUUGGUUUUGACGUUUUAUUCUGCUAGAAUUGUCCUGUUGAUGAAAACCACAUCUUGUAUCGCUAUAAAAUAAUGCGAUUUAACUUUUAAUACGCUUCGGAACGUGAUGGAAAAAGGGCUAUUGGCAGUCGCACACGUGUCACCAGCCAAAUGUUGGACAAUUCUCAACUCGGAUCCAAUGCAUGGCAAAUGAGGCCACAGUUCAGUGCCGUAGGGAGUGAUCCAACUCAAUGUAAAAUGGAUAGAAAUGCAGCCGGAUGUAGCAAGUUGACAGUUGUGUCUGAAUUCCCCGUUACAGUGCAACCAGAAUGCAUUGUAAUUUCAGGGUGCAGAUUUCAGAUCUGUGCAGAUUUACACAGCAUGUGGCAUCGCAAAGUUGGCCAAUGAUUUCCCCCCCCCCCAAGAGUCCCCCAAGAUUUUUUUCCCACUUUGAGUGGUACUCAAAUUAGUUCCCCCUGUCCUUUCCUAUUACUUGUAUAUUUCCUCAGCGUCACCCCGCCUCCAUGAAGAAAAACAUGAAGUUCCCUCACU